AUGUUUUUCAUAUUCGUUCUAUUUUUGAGUGGAAUUUUAUUUAACAGCCUAGUUCUGGCAGUUGCUCGCGUAGGCGCAUCAGAACUGGCCAUUACCCAACUAUACACGUCAAUACUGGUCGAUGCCCACCGACUAGAGUUGGACGCAAAUUCUCUGGGAGUUUCAUGUUUAUCUAUAUUAACUGAACCGGAGGCUAGCAGACAAGGUAGAAUUAAGGUUUCCUUGGACGAAUUGGAGUUUUACGAUGGUGGAAAGCCAGACGAUUUAAAAGUACCGGUUUUGUUAUUCCGUUAUGAAGAUAUUCUUAACUUCACCACCCUUCCAUCAUAUGAGGAAUAUGACAAAGGGUAUACAUCUAACUAUAGCUCUAGCAAGUUGAAUUGGGAAAGCUAUUUCUUGAAGGACACGGUAGAUUUUGAAGAAAAUAAGUUCAUAUUGAAUUUGUAUGACGGGUACAAUGAAAUUGAUGAAAAGCGAAUCUAUAACGGAUUCUUAGAUGCAUCAAAAGAGAAUGGUAAUAACGAAGCAGUACUACCAGUCAAGAAGUCUGGAAUGUAUUGCGUUUAUAUUGCCCCACCUAUUGACAAAAAUAUCAAGAUAAUGAGCGCACCUGUACACUUCCGAUAUUCAAGAUUGUAUUCGAGUAACAUGUGGUAUUCUCAUUACUGUCAAACAAAAUAUCUUAUUGGUGUUGGCCUAUUGCUAGCAGCAUUCUUGAUAAAGGAUACUUUAAAAUUUACCAAGGAUAAACAAUUAAGCAUUACGAAUAUGCCAAUUAUUUCCAAGGCAGUUAUAUUUUAUGUUUUGGUACCAUUACUAUCAUUCAUUUCCCUUGAGUGGCUCAGUAUAUUUAUAGAAACCCACUGCAAUUUAACUAGUCGCAAAAUAUGCUUCUUUGAAUAUUUCCGUCUAACGAAUGAAUGGAUUCAACCUAAUUGGAAGAUCUUACUCCGGUUUUAUGUUUUACUAUUUACUAUGGGAUACGGAGUAAUUUAUUACCAUAGAGGAGCCUCUCGAACAUUCAGUAAAAUGCCUAAGAGGACUAAGAACGUGGCAUGGUCACUUUUUAUCACCAAUAUCAUCUUGAGUAACGCUAAUAAAGCAUACGAUAAGUAUGAUACGUAUUUGAUGACAUACCCAAUUGGAUUCAUAUGUACCCUAUGCUCUUUUGGCUCAUUCAUCUUUCCUUUCGUUUGGUACUUCGUAUCAUUUAUUUAUUAUUUCAAAACAAAAAAUAUUAUUAAGAAAUUGCCACCUACGUCGACUGUCACAGAAGGAAUUGAUGCCAAUACCAGAAUCAUGAAAGCAUUUAAACAAUCUAGUCUUGUCAUCUUUGUAUCACCAACUAUUUCGGGGUUGGCAUGGUUUAGCUCAUUUGUACGUAUGGCUGUCAAAACAUUCUACUCAGCGAUUAAUGACAUCUCUUCGGAUUUGGACAUAAGUGAGAAAAUAUCAUCAAGAGAUUCGCUAAUAAAGCUGGUAAAAUUAUCGCGUCAUAUAAUGCUGUUUUCUGAAGAUAGCGUCAAAUCUAUAUUUGAAAAAUGGCCGGGAGCUAUCAAGAUAUAUCUAACUAUCGCCCUAUUAUACGUGAUUUGGAUAAGAAAUAACAAUGCAUUAGUCGUUGAAGAUGAGAAAGGCGAUCUCAAAGAGUAG